GUCAACCACAGGGGAAAAGAAGGAAAUUAAAAGUCUGAAGAGAAUAUGCGAAACACGAAUGCAAUGCAGUGCAGUCCAAAAAACGCAGUUACGUUUCUAUGUGACGAGCCUCUGCGCGUGCGCCUGCGCUGCACGGAUCACCAUAUAUAGGCAGCGCCACCGUCCCGGAAGUUUGACGCCGGCGCACAUGACCGGAAGACGAUCACAUGAUUUAGUGUUUUUAAAGAAAACGAGUAUCCAUUCACCCAGACGUGUGUGAAAUAAUACAUUAUUGGUUACAGUGAUCUGUUAUCUGUGAGCAGUCAUGAGACUUGUGAUUCUGGAUGACUAUGAUCUGGCCAGUGAAUGGGCUGCAAAGUACAUCAGAAACCGGAUCAUCCAGUUCAAACCCAGUGCUGACCGCUACUUCACUUUAGGACUUCCAACAGGCAGCACACCUCUCGGCUGCUACAAGAAGCUGACGGAGUAUCACAAGAAUGGAGAUCUGUCCUUUAAGUACGUGAAGACCUUUAACAUGGAUGAGUAUGUAGGUCUGCCCCGGGAUCACCCUGAAAGCUACCACUCCUACAUGUGGAAUAACUUCUUCAAACACAUUGACAUCGAGCCUCAGAACACUCACAUACUGGACGGCAACGCCCUUGACCUGCAGGUGGAGUGUGCCGCUUUUGAGCAGAAGAUCACAGCGGCCGGGGGCAUAGAACUCUUUGUGGGAGGGAUCGGUCCGGAUGGGCACAUCGCCUUUAAUGAGCCCGGCUCCAGUCUGGUGUCCAGAACCAGAGUAAAGACCCUGGCCAAAGACACUAUAGUGGCCAACGCCCGUUUCUUCGGAAACGAUCUUUCAAAAGUGCCCACCAUGACUCUCACUGUGGGAGUGGGCACGGUGAUGGAUGCCAGAGAGGUAAUGAUCCUGAUCACAGGGGCUCAUAAAGCGUUUGCCCUCUAUAAAGCCAUCGAGGAGGGUGUGAAUCACAUGUGGACUGUAUCGGCCUUCCAGCAGCAUCCACGAACCAUCUUCAUCUGUGAUGAGGACGCCACGCUGGAGCUCAGAGUCAAAACCGUCAAGUAUUUUAAAGGCCUGAUGCACGUUCACAAUCAACUGGUCGAGCCGACGCUCAGCAUGAAGGACUACACGGACUGAAUCAUCCGGACUGAUGCGGAUUCAGGGACCACAGCGGUUUUUAAUGGUUGUAACCGCGUCUGUGUAGAUUUGACCUGUAGGACUUGAUCUGUGACGGGCCAGUGUUCAUAGAGAAUUGCCAUAUAGUGUUGGGAUUAAAGGGACAGUUUAGUCAAAACGAAAAAUCUGUCAUCGUUUCUUCAUCCUCAAGUCAUGUCAAACCUGUAUGAGUUUCUUUCUUCAGCAGAACACAAAAGAAGAUAUUUUGAAGAAUGUUGAUAAUCAAUCAACACUGAACUCCAUUGAAUGAACACAAAACCACUGAGACAUUUCUCAAAAUAUCUUCUUUUGUGUUCCACUGAAGAAAGACUCGCAAACAGAUUUACAAACACACAAGAGAGAAUAAAUGAUGAUUUUUUUGGGGUGACCUAUCAUUUCACUCGUCUCUAUAGCUAACACUACCAUCACUAACCGAAAGGGCAUCUGUUACAGCUAAUAAAAGCAUCUCUUUUGUACAUUUCAUUAGUACUGUAAAUUGAAUCGGUUAACAUUUUUCAAAAAGGUCACCAUGAAGUCAAGCGUCUGUUUGCAGACAAACGCCAUUGGUUCAUUUAUUAAUGACAAAUAUUACUUACUAGGUUGACCUGAAUGUUGUCAUUCAGUUGUUACAAACAUCUGUACACUCUUGUUGAGAAUGUGUUGUAUCACUUUAUUCUGUUUCCACGCUGGAUUCCUGAUUGACUUUACAUCCUUUUAAUGUCAUUAUGACUUACUGUCGUUUCUUUUUCUUUUGUACUAAACUCUACUGAAGAGCAGCGUUAUUUCUGAUCUGUACUGUAUCUGAACGGACUGUUUGUUUUUCACUCCAAAAGGCAAAUCAGCCUUCUUAUGCACAAUAAAUGAAACUCUUCAUUGA